AUGUCUGACUUAGAUAAUGGCGAUGGUGCCAGCUAUAAAGAACAGUUACUUGACGCCAGUCGUCGUAAUAACGAUGACUUGUUGGCCACAAUUUUUGAGGAGAUAGGGGACCCAGAAAAGAUAGCAGAGUUGAUUAACACUGCCAAGGACCCAUUGGGGAAUUCGUCGCUACAUUUGGCAACAAAGUAUGGGAACUACCUGGCUUUGGACCUAAUAUUGGACCAGGAAGGAGUUGAAGUGGAUCCGCAGAAUAGAUUGGAUGGUGACACCCCUUUACACAUUGCUGUCAGAUACAGUCAUGAUGACCCCGAGUACGGAAAGUUUUUGGCAGAAGUUCUAACUGAUGUUGGGGCUGACCCGAGAAUAAAGAAUAAGCAUGGAGAAAAACCUGUGGAUUUGGUAAGAGGCGAGGAUCCGGAACACGAAGAAUUGAGGGACAUUUUGGAGCAGGCUCAAUAUGCCGCCAUGGUUUCCAAGGAUGCCGACGUCAUUGAUGGAGAUGUCGUUCAAAAUAUGAAUAAUUUGACAUUAGCAGAUGGUGAAGAUGGAAGUGGCUCAGAAUCUCCUUCAGAUUCAGAUUCUGAAGAAUCAUCUGCCCAACCUUCUCUUCCAUCCAGUAUUCCACCUCCACCCCCUCCAAAAUAG